GGUCAGCCGACAAAGAAUCCAACCAGUCUCAUUUCCAAGUCACUUCCUCUAUCUUGCAUUUAUUGAUAAACAUAUUUUCUCACCAUGUCAUCUUCAUCCACAAUCAUGACUGACACUCCCGAGCAUGUUCUAGGGAUCGAAGACGUCCCAUUUAUCCCCCGCCACUCUCUUGAGCGUGUCGGAAAAUUUGAGAAGAUCGAGUUUGAGCAGUUGCAAAAGCUCACGGGCGAAUUCGAGAAGGAAGUUCUCCAGCCGCAGAGAACAAGGGCCGAUACCACAAUCAACGUGGUAUAUGUCGUCAACACGGGCAGCGAUGAGAAAGCGACGAACAUGCAUGAGAGCAUCAAAGUGAAACUUGAAGAAAUGGAGGAAAGUACAGGUGCCAUAAUUAAGUUCUUAGGCACCUACCGCGUCAAUGUCCUUUCUCUUCGAAAAUCACAGCCCGUCGGCGAGAGGGAGGGCGUGCAAUAUGCCAAUGACCGGAUCUGGGAAAUCGAUUCACUUGUCAGAGAACUUCAAAUGGGCAAUCAGAACAACCCUACAACUGAUCAUACUAUACCUGACGGCCUUGAAGAUGCAAUCAAUGACGCGGAUGUGUACAUCUUCGGGUCUCAGGAGGCAUGUCCAAUUCUUGAUGUUAAGACGCCCUAUGAGCCGAAUUACCUCAUGUAUUACUUCGCCUCAGCCACAACGUUUGAUAUCAGCCUUGAUGAGCGUUUUUCCAUGGGAAAGACUGCGGGACUGCAGGCUGUGAAGGAAGCUGUUAUGCUGGCCAUUGAAAGGAACAGCAACAAAUAUGCUGGACACUGCACUUGGACUGGUGGUAAGGUCCUUGAAGAAAAAGGGUGCGCUACGAGUCAUUCCAACUGGCACAAAGAGCUCGGCCCUAAGGGUACUGAUCGGUUUACGUAUCCAACCGAAGGAUACCGAGAAUUGAAACUACCUGCUGGAUUGGUUAAACACAUAAACACUCUUUCGGACAAAACUGCUUCUCAGUGAUCGCAUGCAAGAUACUCAGUGGCAUUUUCAGUCACUAUGAUGGGAUCCAACCAGCCCAGUAUCUCAGGGACAUUGUUUCACUACUGCACUUCCACUAAUGAUGGCGGCAACUCUUACAGGGGCUGGUCAUAGAAGAUGUUUGCGGCUGAUGUCUGUUGGCUUGGCUCUGGCUUCUGAUCCGAUUGAGUUAUUAUGUUUGUUGCAGGAGUUUAAGGUCGUCCCAAUGUUUCCAAGUUCUCUUUAGGUCUUACUUGAAAUUGAUCCAGACACUAUGCAUCCUCUUUCCGCCUUCCAUUCCUGAAAGUAGAGCACCACACCCCAGAGCAUCCGACCGAAGUGAAAUUUAG